CUUAUCGGCGCUGGCGCAAAUUGCAACGCCACAGACAGUCAAGGAAUGACUCCACUACAUCUUGCCAGUUUCCAUAACCACUCCAAAAUUGUUGCGCUUUUAUUAUCCGAGACUCCGGUACCUGUUGUUGAUGUCAAUGCAGAAGCAGAUGAUGGCAGAACUUCCUUGCAUCUCGCAAGUCUACAAGGUAAUGAGCUUAUCGUUAAAGCAUUGCUUCAAAAGAAUGCCUCUAUAGAUGCCACAGACAAAACAGGCAUGACCCCACUGCAUCUUGCUAGCGGUGCAAACGCAGAGGAC